UUCCUCCUCGACUUGGUCUUAAUUUAAUCGUCGACUGCGAAAGAUAUUAAAUUUCCUGUCCGAUUCAGCGCUCCUCGCUGGGUCCCGCUGCGCCAACGUCUCGUUCUCGGCUAAUUUACGGCGAGGCCGUGGGACCUCGGUUUCUUCGCGAUUACCGGAUUUCGUCGCAUUUCCGAGUCGGAUUCCGAACCCGCGUGUGGAUCGGGAGCGGAUCGGGGAGAGCGCCCGGCUUGAUUCUGCUUCGCGAUCGUCGUCGAAGCAGGGUCGAGCGUGCGUUGUGGGCGAAGAUGAUGCUGCACUUUCCGGACCCGGCGAAGCUCAAGACCAAGAAGAUUUUGUUUGAAGAGGUUUUUGCGGCUCUUGACUGUGGCACGUUGGAGCAACUGAAAGAGCUGAGCUCUAAACGGCGAGCCAUUGAGGAAACGAUAAAUGCCACGAGCUCAAUUACCGAGGCCAUUGCGAGGGAGAUGUAUGGGGGGCUUACCUCUCAUAAUGAACAGGAUCUCCAAAAGUUGAAACAGUAUCUACCCUUGCUGGAGAACUUAGUUUUCCAUGUUGACAUGGUUAGCAGCAACACCCGGAUGGCUCGCUGGAUUUCAAACCUUAGAAUUCAGUGGGCCAGUGCUCUUACUGGCACUUUGCCUUUCCUGAAUCUCAUGGGUCCAAAGUACUUCCAAGUGAAUGACAUUCGGUUUGAGCUUGGAAUGAACCUCUUCCUUUAUGGUGCAAUUCUUCGUGAGAGGGCAUUAGAAGUAAUGCCUGAAGAUCUGGUGCAGUCUGCUACCCUCUUCAGAGAAGCUGCUGGAGUUUACCAUCACAUCUCUCAUGGUGUUCUGCCUUCAUUACAAUCUGCAAACUCUGUUCAGAGGCCACCUGAAGCUACAUUUUCUGUCACCACUGUUAUGAACCUGAUUUGUUUGGCCGAAGCCCAGAUUGUAACCAUAAUGAAGGCUGAAGAGAAAAGAACUACCGCAGGUCUUUUGGGUAAGCUGCAUUAUGGCGUUUCAGAGUUUCUUGAUGAAGCCAUGAGUUUGCUACAUCCAAGAACUAGUGAACUCAAAGAUAUAUCGGCUCGUCUUUUGGAAUAUAUCUCAUCUUGCAAAGCCUUGCAUGAGCUAAGAAGCCAAAAGUACCUUGCGGAAGAGCUGAGGACUGCUGGCCAAGUCGGGGUUGCCAUUGGAGUUCUCUGUGAAGCCUUGACCAAUGCAAGAAAGAGAAUUCCUGGGGAGGAGUCAUGGAAGGACAUCAUCAAGAAAGAAAUUGAUGAAGCUGCCGAAGCUCUGAGGAAGUUGGAGAGCGAGAAUGAGUUCGUCUGGCAUGACAAGAUCGCUUCGGGUGAUGAGUUGCCAUUGCCUCAGGGUAGCCGAAUCGUGAAGAUCAUACCUUACCAUCCCACCAGAUGCGAGACACCUCUCGUUUUCAAGUUGUAGAGUACAGAGACGACCGUGAAAGGAUUCUUGUACAUUCAACACGUCCUUCUAGGGAGAAAAAAAGAUGGUUUUAAUGUGCAGAAUGAACGAUGGGGAUUGAAAAUUUUGUGGGUCAUCUUACAUGAUCUCUCAGUUCUUUUUCAAAAGCCAGAUAUCUCUAUUGUGCAUUCCCAACUUUGUAGGAAUUCCAAUCGCGUCAACUAACAGGGCGAUUGGUUGUUUGCCCUUGGUUACAGGUGAUCGGUUUCUUCUCA